CAACCCUUCAACUGUACACUCUUAUUUUUCAUCCUUUUUUCAAUCUUUGCCCUUAACAUUUUUGUCAAGAUGAAGCAGUCCAUUCUCUACACUCUUCCCUUGAUUGGCGCUGUCGCCGCACGCCCCAACGUUUGGUCCUUCGGCAAGGUCAAGCGUGAGGUUCCCCAGGAGCACGCUCACAGGAACGUCAACUUGGAGAUCACCAAGCUUUUGGACCUCAACAACCCCGAUGAGAUCCAGGACCCCAUCUUUGGUCUCCUCGGUGCCGCUGCCGGUAUUGAGGGCGCCGGAAAGAUCGCGGAUGCCGACUGUCUCCAGCAGGCCACCGCCGACCAGGCUUUCACCAACGCAAAGGAGGCCGGUGAUGUCAACGGCAUGACUUUUGCCAUGAUCUUCCGUGCCUUGGAGCGCAACACUGGCUCUGUCGGUCUCGCUUCAGUUCCCUGCGAGUCUAUCCAGGCCGUGAACCCAGAGAUCGCCGCUCUCGAGCAGCACCAGGAUCCCGCUGGUGAAGGCGCUCAAGAAUUGAACAAGCAGAUCACCACCAAGCUUGCUGAGCAGAUCGCCGCCAUUGGUGGUGAUGUGAGCCUUGCCAACGAGGCUAGCACUUUCGCGCCUGGUGAGAUCGGUGACCCAACAGGAGCUGGCAACACUUGCGAUGACGCUGAAGAUGAUCUCGGCUGCAUCAACUCCCAGAACCUCCGCGUGGACGAUCUCAGUGCUGCUGAGAUCGCAGCCAUUGAGGGAGGACAGGGUGCUGGAGCUGCCAACGCGACCCUUGCUGCUGCUGGAAACAACGCGACAGCCGUCGCUGGUGGAAAGGCCAAGGGCAAAGCCGGAAAGGCGAAGGCCAAGGGCAAGGCCAACAAGGACAAGGCUGCUCAGGGUAAUGCCGCUGCCGCAGACGCCAACCAAGCCGCCGCAGGAAAUGCCGACGCCGCCAUGGGAGCUGCUGCGAACCAAGCUGUAGGCAAAGGAAAGGGAGCCGCCAACCAAGCCGGUGCUGCCGCUGCUGAUGCCAAAGCAAACGCCGGAGCCCAGGCCAAUGCUGGCGCCGCUGCUGAUGCGAACGCGAACGCUGGAGCCGCUGGCGCUGCUACAGGAGCAGCAGCAACUGGAGGAGCUGCAACCGCCGCCGCUGGAGCCGCAGACUUCGGUUCAUGCACCGACCCAUCCAUUGUUUUCGGCCCCACCUCUGACGGUCGCAAGGAGGAUGCCUUCGAGCCCGCUGACCUGACUAACUUCAACCACGGCUCCGCCAACGGCAUCGGCAUCAUCUCCAGCUUCAUCUGCGACCAGCUCACCAACAAGUGCAAGGCCUCUGCUGAUGCCGUCACUCAGUGCGAUGCCGCUGAUGCCGCUGUCAAGGCUAGCGGUUUGACCGGCCAGGCUGCUGCUGACAGCUUCAACUCGGCUCUUGGCUUGUAAGCUAUCAUGUUGUAAAACGAGUAGUUUGAUAUGCGAU